AUGGAAGUUGAUCCGCUGUUCACUGCGACUACGGCUGAGGCCAUACCAAGAAAGGCCCAAAAGGAGUCGCUGAGAUGGCAAGAGAUUGAGACUAGCGGUGCUCGCUACAUGUCGCUGGAAACCACCGACUUGGAAAAUCAGCAAGCGCCAAAGACCCGCUGGCCGCUGGUCCUAAGCGCUGCGGUCUUGAGCGCCUGGCUGGUGGUCUUUAACGCCCUGUGGAUCGGUCUCAGCACUGAUUGGGUGGCACGGAACUGGAGCCAGAAUAUGCCUGACUGGUUCCACUACGGAGAUUGGGCCUUUUGUAUCUCGGCCAUUGGCGAGCUCUUCAUCCGGAUGUGCGGACAGGGACUUCAUUUCUUCUAUGAGGACCACUGGAGAUGGAACCUCUUCGAUACCAUCGUGGUGGCCACGCAGGUAGCUGACCUUGGCGGAAGUGUCCUGGAACGUUCAGCCACCGGAGGGCCCAGCCAUCCUUCUUUGCAAGGUCUGAGGGUCCUGAAGUUGGUGCGCAUCCUGCGCAUUGCUCGCAUUGCCUCCGUCUUCCCCGAGCUGCACAUUUUGAUCAGUUACAUCAUGGAUUCACUUCAAUCACUCUUCUGGACGAUGGUCCUGAUUUUCGCGUGCCUUUAUGCUGUGUCAGUGGUUAUCACUCAGCUCGUCUCUGAUCACAAGAUCGCUGUGGGAAAAGAAGGCAUGGAAGCCGGUGGAAAGGAGGAGAUGCUGGAAUUCUUUGGGUCGCUGGACACUACGAUGAUUUCCCUCUACAUGGUGAUUUCUGAAGGCAUCCACUGGAAGGAGUUGAUGGACCCACUGGCGGAGAACAUGGGCAGCUGGGUGCGGGUGGUCUUCGUGGCCUUCACAGGCAACAAACUCGAAUGUUGGAACAAACAAUGGGAAUAUAUGGGAAUAUAA